GACAAAGAACGAUCCAGUCCAGCUGAUCCGACCCAGAUAGGUUCCUGCUGCAUGUAAACUCUCCCGACAUAGGCGUCAGGAUCCCAGACUGACUGCGGAGGUUUAAACUCCUGGGACGCGAAUGAAGAAACUUCUCCUGCUUCACUUCACAUACAGAGGUUUAGUGAGAAAAGGAAAAAAGAGUAAAAGAAGAAAAUGGACCGUUUUAAAUUGCGGAAAGCGGAACCCAAAGAUGUGCCUGACAUACUGCGACUCAUAAAGGUAGGCCGUAAACAAAACAAAAACGUUGACAAGGAGAAUAAAUAAAUGCACUGUCUAUUGUUUUGCUUAGAUUUACUACAUUUUUGUUUUGCGAAAGUUGUUGGAAAGUAUAGUGAAGUAUAUGCUUAGCAUGCCCUACACACCCAUCGGCCCUCGCCCUGAACUUGACCCUUCAUUUGUUGUUGUUAUUUUGUAGCCUUGGUUUAGCCUAGACGAAACCGUUCAAAGAAACUCCGCAAACUUGUGUCUGAAGGUGACAUAAAUACCGACGAUUUCCGCUGGAUAUCCGUCGGUAUCACAGUUGGCUCUGUAGUUUGUUCAUUGUGUUUACGUUGGCAACGAGCCCGGUUUCCUCCGUUUGAUGAUGUUCAUAAAGUUAAACGUUGUUCUCUGUCUGUUGACGGUCACUUAUCUCAGUCAAUGAUAAACGUUCCCCAUUUUACUUGCUCUUGGUUUUGAAUCUGACAAAUGUUUCUGCUUCUGUUUAGGAACUAGCUAAAUAUGAAGAAAUGGAAGAUCAAGUGAUACUGACUGAGAAAGGUGAGUGAAUGGAACUAAAACCAUGUAUGUCUUGUUUACCCUGUGAUUGACUGCAUACAGAGCUUAUAUGGCGUUUAUAACGGUUGUAAUAACAGAUCUGCUCGAGGACGGAUUCGGUGACCACCCAUUUUACCACUGCCUGGUGGCGGAGGACCCCAGUGAGCAGAAGAGCAGCAGCAACAACAACAAUGGUCUGCUCAACAACAAUGGUAAGAGAUCUCCCUCCCCCGCUAUCCCAUGGAGCACACCUGUAAAUCUCAAAGGAUUGGAUGGAUAUGUUGACUGUGACAUAGACAUGUAUUGUAUUAUAGCAAACCAUAUCAGAUGGGCUUGACUGUAACAUUGCCUCUCAAUGCAUAGCAGAACGUUUCUGCCCCCUGGGGACCCCUGGCAUGUAGUUACUUCCCCUAUGCCAAACAUAAAUCAAACCUGUUAUCCCAAUUUGUACUGUAUACAGACACAUCUCAUUCCUCAGUUAUAUUGUCAGUGUACACAAUGACAUGAUAGUUGGUGUCCUGGAGGAGCCCAACACUUUACUUUGGCACAUUCUGUAUGAGAAUCCUAUGGGGCGGCAGGUAGCUUAGUGGUUAAGAGCGUUGUGCCAGUAACCGAAAGGUCGCUGGUUCUAAUCCCCGAGCCGACUAGGUGAAAAACCUGUCGAUGUGCCCUUGAGCAAGGCACUUAACCCUAAUUGCUCCUGUAAGUCGCUCUGGAUAAGAGCGUCUGCUAAAUGACCAAUUUAUUUUAUUUAUUAGAAGUAUGUAGGUUUGAAACAUUGUUGCUGUACACACACGUCUCUCUCAGCGAGAGGCUGAUGGGUACACAGUGUCUACUUCCUAUUAUGGACUGUGUUUGCGUGUCACUCAAAUGUAGGCCAGACACACUUGUGUGAUAAAUUGCACACGUUCAAUCUCCUAACACAACACCAAAUGACAUGUCUCCUCUUUACACAGUCCUCUGGCCUCACUAAAACCAGACAGAGUUUAGAUUUGAAGGUAGAAGUUAUCCUUAAUCACAGAUCUAUGAUCAGCUCCGUCACCCAACAUCCUAGCUGCUCAUAACCAUUUAGGGCAGAAUGCUAAACGGACCUUCGUUCAGUGUCUUGGGGUAACUCCGGUACACUACUUGUAUUUAUGCGCUUACUUAUUUUUGUCCAGGUCCUGUGGUAAUUGGGUUUGCCAUGUACUACUUCACCUAUGACCCCUGGAUCGGCAAGCUGCUUUACCUGGAAGACUUCUUCGUCAUGAAAGAGUACAGGGGUAAGCACAAAAACUCUACCUCUCCUUCUGUCUCUCGGUCUUUCUUCCUCCUCGCUGACCUGACCAAUAACAAUAAACUCUCUCAUCCUCCGUCCAUUGUUACUGCUUUCCCAUUAUGUCUUCUCUCUUCUUUUUCCACCAGGGUUUGGCAUCGGCUCAGAGAUCCUCAAGCUCCUCAGUCAUGUGAGUAAAUUAGGCGUUAUUACAUAGUACAAACAUAGUAACAACUAGAUGGUAGGUGUCAGACAGUUUUUACAUGGCUCUGUCCAGAAUCCUGUUGUAGAAGUAGGUCAAUGCCUCAAACAGAAUAGUUUCUACAGAGCCCAUUUCAGUGUGCAGAUAGUUGAUUCCACUCCUGUUCUGUUUGUUUGUUUAUUGCUGUUGUAAUAAUCAAUUAAUAUGAUUUGGGAAAAGAGAUCUAGGUCAAAGAGAAAUAGUGUUGGCAGGAAACGCUGAUUUAGAUGUGGAUGGCUUUGUGUGAGGGGGGUGGGGAAAGCUCACAAUCACUGCCAGGUAAAUGCGUGCUGAUGCCUGCUCUCCCUCCCUCUCUCCCCCUCAGACGGCAGUCAAGACUCGCUGCAGCAGCAUGCACUUUAUCGUCGCCGAGGGCAACCAGGCAUCGAUAGAGUUCUACAAGCGUCGUGGCGCCGCCGACCUCUCUCUGGAGGAGGGAUGGAGACUCUUCAAGAUCGACAAGAGCUCCCUCCUCAAGAUGUCCUCCGGCCCCGAAGAGUGAGCUGGCCAAGUGACACAGAGAGAAAGAUGGGGAUUGGAGUGAGAGACUUGGGGGCAGGCUUGGGGUCAAUUUAAUUUAAAUUCAGUUAAUUAUUUGCCUGUCUCUCACUUCAGGGGUGGGGGGUGUGACUACUGACAAUAGAUUAUUAAUAAAAAGGGGCAUUAAACAUUACUAAUCAUAUGUGUGCACUAACUUCUCAAUCUAGUUGCACUUAAUUUAGGGUUCAUAUAUUUUUUUUUUAAUCCAGUAUUUUAUAUAAAGCCAUCGUUUUAGUAGUUGUAGUUUACGUAGUUUUUAGUUUAUUCUGCUAAUCAACAAACCUUAGCACCUUUUGUGUAGGAAUCCUAUCUAGAACCUAAAAUAGUUAUUCUAGAACCUUUUGAAGAACCCUUUUGGUUCCAGGUAGAACCCUUUUGGGUUCCAUGUAGAAUCCUUUCCACAAAGGGUUCUACCUGGAACCCAAAAGGGUUCUCCUAUGGGGACAGCUGUAGGUAACUAAUCCUAUAAUACAGUGAUUUGUAGUUUGAAUGUGUUUAUUAUGAUGUUGGUGCAAUUAAAAGGUUCAGAGCACAUUUGUGUGGUGACUGAUUUUCUCUAGAGCUAGGAAGGAGGGGCUUUAUAAUGAAAUCCCUGGC